AUGGCGGGGUCGGACGAGGUGAACAGUCGUCCGGUGGAGAACCACGAGAAUGCUAAAAUACAUGUUACUGGCGCGGAAUUGCAAGCAUUAGUUGACAAUGCUGUUGCAAAGGCUAUGGAACGUCAGUACAGUGAUUAUAGUGGGACCAGAAGUAGGACCCUAUCUACAACACCUUCCAAGCCUAAAACUCAUUCUGAGGCUCACAGCAAGCCACCACCUACCCCACCUAAGUCUAAGAAAGAGGAACCAAAGAAAGAUGAUGACAGACAUUCCUCCAACGAAAAUAGCAUUCCAUCCAAAAGGAUUUUAGAUAGAGAUCCGCUGAGAACUGCGGAUGCCGAGAAAAGGAAACGCGAAGAUGAUGGUUCACGACACUCAGACAAGAAGUGCAAAGGAAACAACGACCACAAGAAAGGGUCGGGAUCCAAGAAAGGUGAUCAACAGACGGGUGAUAAACCCAAAUGUAAGGUUUGCAAGAAGCACCAUUUUGGGAGGUGCAGGCAUGAGUCAAAGUCCCAGUCCCAGCCGAAAGCGUGUGGGAUUUUCAAGUCAUUAGACCACAAGGCAUUGGAUUGUAAGAAAAUCAAGGAUGCUACGUGCUAUAACUGUAAUGAAAAGGGGUAUCUUAGGACCAACUGCCCAAAGCUUGCAAAGAAGGCUGACGAGGGGAAGAAGACCAAUGCUAGGUAUGGGUAA